UGUCAGAGCUGAGCGGAAGGGAGUGUCGGACGCUAACAUACGCUCAUAUACACAAACAACAAAAACAACCGAACAGCCAGAACCGAGCCUCGCCAGCACUCAGCAGGUCAGCAUGGCGUCCGGCAGCACGAGCAGCGAGGAGGAGAGGAGUUUGCGGGAAUGUGAGCUGUACGUGCAGAAACACAACAUCCAGCAGCUGCUGAAGGACUGCAUUGUGCAGCUGUGCACGUCCAGGCCGGACCGGCCGAUGGCCUUCCUCAGAGACUACUUUGAGAGGCUGGAGAAGGAGGAGGCCAAGCAGAUGGUUGGUCAGCAGAAGUCCAGCUCACGCUCAGAUUCACGCGAAGAUGAGAUUUCUCCCCCCAUGAACCCCGUGGUGAAGGGCCGCCGCCGCCGCGGAGCCAUCAGUGCGGAGGUUUACACCGAGGAGGAUGCCGCUUCCUACGUCAGAAAAGUUAUUCCGAAAGACUAUAAAACGAUGGCCGCUCUGGCCAAAGCAAUUGAGAAGAAUGUGCUGUUCGCCCAUCUGGAUGAUAACGAAAGAAGUGAUAUAUUUGAUGCAAUGUUUUCGGUGAACUACAUCGCUGGAGAGACCGUCAUUCAGCAAGGGGACGAGGGUGAUAACUUCUACGUCAUUGAUCAGGGAGAAAUGGAUGUCUAUGUGAAUAAUGCAUGGGUGACCAGUAUUGGAGAGGGCGGCAGCUUUGGUGAACUGGCCCUAAUCUAUGGCACCCCAAGGGCGGCAACCGUCCGUGCCAAAACCAAUGUGAAGUUGUGGGGAAUCGACAGAGACAGCUACAGGAGAAUACUGAUGGGAAGCACUCUGAGAAAGAGGAAGAUGUAUGAGGAAUUCCUUAGCAAGGUGUCAAUUUUAGAAUCUCUAGAUAAGUGGGAGCGACUGACUGUGGCUGACGCGUUGGAAACCGUGCAGUUUGAGGAUGGCCAGAAGAUAGUGGUUCAAGGCCAACCUGGAGAUGAGUUUUUCAUCAUCCUCGAGGGUUCUGCCGCAGUGCUGCAGAGGCGCUCUGAAAACGAGGAAUUUGUGGAGGUGGGCAGACUUGGACCCUCAGACUACUUUGGUGAAAUCGCUCUGCUGAUGAACCGCCCCCGCGCUGCUACCGUCGUGGCCCGCAGCCCCCUGAAGUGCGUGAAGCUGGACCGCCCGCGUUUCGAGCGCGUGCUGGGGCCAUGCUCGGACAUCCUGAAGAGGAACAUCCAGCAGUACAACAGCUUCGUCUCGCUGUCUGUCUGAUCCCCCCAGCCGCUGAAGGCCACCUCCUCGUCCUCUUUUUAAUCUAUCGCAGGGUCCACCAAUGCAAGAUCUGCUUUAUUUUCUUACUUCUCUUUUCUUUCGUAUUGUUCUUUUCUUCUUCCUACACCCAGGUGCCCGUUGAGUACACUGCUCCGGUAUGUCCUCUGCCCUGUUCCUCAUCUGUGGGUUGUUGUAGUUUUAGGCCGGAUGUUCGUCUCCACUCGGGAGACCCAGACGUUUUGCCGGUGAUGCCUCUUCAGCGUGAAGAGCUUUAAAAACAAAACGGGAGUUUCUCCUGCUUUCGGGUGUCGCAACGUUUCUGCGGGGGCGUCACACGCUAGAUCUGCCCAGUGCGUUGUGGGAAAGCGCGCGGUUCAAACCAUUCAAGAGUAUUUCGCGGUUCGUUUUCUUCUGCAUUGUUUGACUAUAGUUAAGCCAAAGGCAAAUCUAAUCUAUGUUGUGUAUGAGUUUUUCCGUUGGAUAUGUUAGUUUCAUCGAGGGUACUGAAGUUUUUGACGUCACCAUAGUUACCGUGGUGAUCAGCUUUGCUCUUUUCUUGUUCUACUUGCACAUAUAUAGCAUAUGUAAAUGAUUAUAUUAGACGUAAAUGACCAUAAUCAUAUUUUUUUGCACAGUUUGAGAUAUAUACAUACAUACAUAUAUAUAUAUAUAUAUAUAUAUAUAUAUAUAUGUAUGUAAAGAUUCUAUUCUAUAUAUGCUCCUGCUAUUUCACAUUGUUCUUGCUGGUCCUGGUGUUUUUUUUGUUUUUUUUGUUUUUCCUCGUCUCCCCAAUUUGCACCGAUCUCUCCCAUUUACCUCACAGUGCUUCUAGUAUUGAUUUUUAUCUGAAAUUUUGUCUGAUGCGCUUUUCUUUGAGUGAAGUCUUGAGUAUUUGUUGAAUUUUUAGUGUCAAACUUUUCAAAACGAAGCGCUCUUUUUCUCAAAAAAAUUAGCACCAAUGCAAGUGUUUGUGGGUUUUCAGAGUAUUGUUUAUUCUCUUACUAGUAGGGGUUCAUUUAAAGGUACAAGUAACAUAUAUUUUUUUUUUCUGUUUCGUAUACACCAUUUCAGGCUUGUUCAAUAUGUAUCUUGAUUAGUAUGUACCUGAAACAAGGCAUAAAGGCGAUUAUCUUUUCACCAUUAUCUUUUCAUAAUACUUUUUUUUUUUUUUAAGAAAAAUGUGCUUAUCGUACCUUUUUAAUGCCAGUAUAAUGUGACACAGUUGUACCAUUCAAAGUCUUAAGAGCUUUAGUAUUAGCUGAUGUCAAACAACACGGCAUACAGCACAACUGCUGUUUGAACGUGUGAAAUAUUUCACAACUGCUUGUGUUACGGUGAAAAAUACAAUUGAUCUGAUCUUUUGAUUUAGUUCUCAACCUGGACGCUCCCUGUUCCAUGCGAUGGUGCUUUGUAAUGCAGUGUUAUCAUUUGCUAAAGCUUAUGUUGGAUAUUUCAAAUGUUGUGACCGGUUUUGUUUUUGUUUUUCGCUCACAAUCGACCGAUAAAUUUUAGGUCAAAAAUGUGUAGGCAUUCAUUUGAAUAGAAAAUAGUUUAUCUCUGUGUUGGACGCCCAUUAGACCUUUUCAGAGAUACAUACAUGUGGAGCAUCUAUUGGUUUUAAGUUUUGGAAGUGCCUGAUUUAAUUUUGUUAGGGGGGGAAAAAUACAAUAUUAUUAUCAUUUAAAUUUUUGUUGAUAAAUGAGCAUCAUCAGCAUGUUUUAUUGGUGUCUUUUAAAAAGUGUAAUGUUGAUUUAUCACCUUUUAAGUCUCACAUUGCCAAUAUCAACUUCACUUAUACCAUAAACUACUUUAUUUACAUCAGUCUAUAGCACCACUGUGCUUCUGUUGUCCCUCUUCAUACUGGAAAAGAGCUGCCUGGAGUGGUCAGUUGUGUUUCUCCACUCUGCUCAUAUGAGCAGUUUUCCACAGACAGACAUGCUUUAUCAACAAAAUCAACAACAGUUUGAAUCAGAGAAGCUAUUAGAACUGUUUUUAUUCAUGUGCAAGUCUUUGACACCCACCACUGGGGUCAUAUCAUAUAUUUUAUCUGUAUGAUUGUGAUCAUCUAUUAUGUAUCAUACAUGUAUGAAGGGGCAGAGUGAAUCUUGUAGAGAUAGAAAGGUGUGAUUCAGGCUUUUCCUUUGAAUUCUGCAGUAUUUCAUUUGAAGCGUUUGGAGAAGAACGUCUCAAGCACGUUUCUCAGUUAGCCUAGAGGUGUUUAAUCACAGUACUGAAUCAUAAAUGCUGUUUAUUUCUAUUUUUGUAUCAUCCAGAUCCACAUUUUGGAAAGAUUUUCAGCCAUGAAGGAACAUUUGUGUUCGUAAAAGUGGUACCUUUUGGAAAAUUAUCUUAAUUUUUAAGUGUUUUCCGGAAAAACAAGCUUGUGCUUUUGUCUUUUUUGCUGGUUCUUCAUUCCCUUGACUGACCCUUCUUACUUUUUGACUGAAGCCCCAGUAUUAAACCCUCACUGCUCUCCAACGCUCUGCGGUUUAGAGCCAUCAGAGGACCAUUUUCUCUACUCUUAUUCUGUGAUUGUAUUCAGGUUUUUCUUUUUAUUGUGCUGACAUUGUAACCCUUUUGGUAUAGAUUGUUCCCAAUGGCAGGUUAAGCAAUAAAAAAAUUAAUUCUUAAA